AUGGCGCGCUCAUCGUUUGCCUCUGUCCUCCACAGUUUACCUUCUCAGCCAUCUCGCCUUUCUGUGAUAGCAUUUCUGUCAUUUGUGGGAUUUAUCCUCCUCUUAAUCAUCCUUCGCUCUUCCUCGUCGCACCUGGGACCGUCUCUAUUGCACUCGUCGUCUUCCGUGGACGCUCUGAGUCCUGCGCGCCAGAAGUCCCUUCAAUCUAUUCAAAAUGCCACUCUUGGGUUUGAGAAAAUCCUAGCCAUCAAUCUACCAGAGAGGACCGACCAUAGGGAUGGUUUGAUCCUUGCCGCGGCUGUGUCGAACCUCCACAUCGAGCUGGUGGACGGCAUCCGGGGGAACACAGUCCUCGACAAAGUCCUCCCACCUGACCACCCAGAACACCUCGACCCUGCUCGCGUUGGGAGUUGGCGUGCGCAUAUGAACGCUAUCAGCCGUGUCGUGGAAAACAAUUGGACUUCAGCGUUGAUCCUUGAAGACGACGUGGAUUGGGACGUCCGACUGAGAUCAUUGCUCACAGACUUUGCAUUGGCUUCGGACACCGUUCUCUCGCGCCGUGACUCGGUACCGCUCAAAUUCCGCGAACUUUCCUUUGCUAGCACGCCGAUAUACUCUCCUUACGGUGAUGGCUGGGAUGUCUUGUGGCUCGGGCAUUGUGGGAUGGAGAUAUCUGAUCGGUCCAGCACGGUGAUCAUCGAGAAUGAUGAAACCGUUCCUGAAGUACAGUUCCUCCAUUCGUGGAAUCGCGACGAGGUCUCCCCUCUGGUGAAGUACCCGGCGCACACAAGAGUGGUGACGGAACAGAAGGAAGGCGUGUGUUCUCUCGCAUACGCUGUGUCUCAAGCUGGUGCGCGGGGCCUGUUGAACAGCCUUGGCCUGAAGAGGAUGAACAACGCCUUUGACUUGAUGCUACGCGAGUGGUGCGAGGGGACACAUGAGGCCCACCCCAACCGCUGCAUUGGGGUUCUGCCUCAGUUGUUCGACCACUACAGACCCGUCGGCCCGUCCGAGAUCGACAGCGACAUUUCAACCCCGAACGGCGGGUACCGGCACGAGCCGUUUACGCAAAACAUCCGGUGGAGCGUGAGGCUCAACAUGGACAAAAUCCUCAACGGCGACACGGACUACAUCGAUCAGUGGCCCGACUCUGGCGCCGCCUAA